UCAACCAUGUUCGGGUAUUCAUAGUGUACAGAUUAUUCUGCGCCAUGAACCCUGUGGCGGUGGAUCCGAACAAUCCAGGUAGGAUCUCUCUGGCUUAUCGAGACCUCACUGAAGUGCCCACAGACUGGGAUAGCAAAUGUGACGACAUUCAUGUACUGGAUUUAAGUCACAAUAAUUUGAAUGACUUUCAAUUUUUACAGGAUUUUCAAUAUCUCAACACUCUAAUCCUGGACAAUAAUAACCUUACAAAUCAUGUGAAGUUUCCAUACAUGAUGUCACUUCACACACUGUGGGUAAACCAGAAUAGAAUUACAAAUCUGAGUUCUUUUAUUGAGACUGUAGCAAAAUGCUUCCCAAAUUUAAAGUACUUCAGCAUGAUGAACAAUGAAGCUGCUCCGAGCUAUUUUAAUGGAGGAACCUACCAGCAGUACAAGGAUUACAGAUGUUAUGUUAUAAGCCAUCUUCCAAGUUUACUCGUGCUCGAUGACCAUGCUAUUGAUGCUGAUGAAAGAGAAGAGGCACGUAAAAUAUAUGGCAAUAGAAGAGUUUCUGUUAGCUCAAACCGAGUCAGUAAAAAACACAAAGAAAGGAAAAAGAAAGAUGUGGAAUAACAGGUGCAUUUAUUGCUAAAUUUUUACUUUGCAGUACAGAUCAGAAUUUACCUGCUAUCUUAUGUAUAAUAUACUACUGGAGUGUAUGGCUUAUGAGAUGCGGGUGAACAAAUUUCUGCACCAAAAUAAUGGAAAGGAUCUGGAAUGUCAUAGAUAAUUAUUUUUUGACCACAAAAAAAAAAAAAAAAAAAAAAUCGUCAACUGUGUGAGAGAAAUUUUUUUUAAUUUUCAUACAAACUAUUUGAUGAGGAAAUCUUAGACUAUAUUUUGCAGAUAAAUAUAUUUUAUAGUAGGUGAGGAUGGAAAAGAUAUGAAGUGGAAAAUGUUAGAGUUAAUAGCCAUAUAAAUAAAGUUUGCUGCUUAUUGAAA